ACGUGAAAUGUGAUUGGCAAACUGGUUUCAGGCCCAUUUAAACACCACAGGAGCCUCUCUGGUCUGCCAGGUGUUCUUCUUCUUCUUUUCAACAGAAAACAGGCCCAGCAGCAUUUCGACACCCACCACAGCAUACUCCAAGAUGAGCAUUUCAGCCAGUUCCACAUGGUCCAUCUUCAGCACAGAUCAAGAGCUGGAUUUUGGCUCCAACAUCAGCUCAGGCUCGUUGUCCAAGUUCUUUACUGUGCUAUCCAUCUUGUCCUUUUUCACUGCCCAGUUUCCCCAACAGCUAAAGAUAUACAAGUUGAAAAAAGCUGACUAUUUGUCUCCAUAUUUUAUUUUGAUAUGGCUCUUAGGUGAUUUUUCUAACUUCAUUGGUUGUAUAUUGACACAUCAGUUAAAAAACCAGAUCUAUUUGAGUUUCUAUGGUGUCUGUAAUGAUUUGAUCAUGGCAUCUUUGUUCAUUUAUUACAGCUAUUUCUAUCCCAGGGUUGCUCAAAACAAAAUCACAUACAACCAUAUCAUCCUUAAUAACGACAGCAGCAAUAAGAACAAAAUUUUGCCCAACAUAGUGGCAUUAUCCUUAGCCGUAUCAAAAGCAAAUGCUGCUCCUAUAAAUUAUAACCGGGCUGACUCCAAUAACAUAACUGCUAUCAACUAUGGUUUAUACAUUUCCUGGCUAGUUCCAUUUUUCUAUAUUGGUUCUAGAAUUCCACAGCUUUAUAAAAAUUUUAAAAGAAAAUCAACAAAGCACAUUUCUCCUUUACUAUUCUUAUGUUCAUUAUCUGGAAAUACAAAUCUAGCACUUUCUAUCCUAACUUCCAAUCAAUUUCUUAAAAGUCCUGAAAAAUUCCAAAAAGUUCUAUUUUUGAAAAAGGAAAUGCCCUUUUUAAUUGGUUGUUUUGGAUGUAUUAUUCUAGAUUUAUUCUAUUUCUACCAAAAAUGGUUAUACUCUCAUCAAGCACAAAAUCAACAAUAUAACGAAACAACUCCACUAUUAAAACAAAUUUAAAAAAAAAAAAUAAAAAACAAACAAAAAAAACAAACUUUAUUUGAUUUCCCUGCUUCAUGCUUCUUUUUUUUUCUAAAUCUUUAUUUUUAUCAAAUUUCGGUAUUCACUUAUUUUCACAGGCACAUUAUGGGUUUCAGGUUAUUUACUCAUUUACUUAUUUAUGCAUUUAUUUAUUACUUUUUUUUCCUUUAUUAUUUAUUUAUUAAUCAUUUAUUUAGGUAUUUUGUUUAUCUUUCUGUUUAUCUUUAUUCAGAUCAUUACUACUAUUAUUAAUAUUAUCAUUUUCACUAAUUCUUCUUUUUUUAUAACUCAUUUUAU